AUGCUUUACGAUGACAGCACCGCCGGCCAAACCUUUGAGCUCUACGGUCCCAAAAACUACUCGAUGUCUGAGAUUGCAGAGCUGGUCGACCGAGAAAUCUUUAAGAAGCGGAGGCACAUCAACGUCCCCAAGGCGGUUCUCAAGCCUAUUGCCGCUCUCCUGAACCGUGUGCUUUGGUGGGACAUCAUGUCCGCCGAUGAGAUCGAGCGCGAGUUCAUCGACCAGGAGAUUGACAAGACAGCAAAGACCUUCAAGGACCUUGGUAUUGAGCCAGGUGACAUCAGCAACUUCACAUACAACUACUUGCAAGGAUUCCGGAGUGGAUCGUUCUACGAUCUGCCUCCUGCUACGGAGAAGGAGAAGAGGGAAGACAAGAAAUACAUUCACGUCACGGACGAGCUGUGA